AUGUUGAUAAAUCAUAGGGUGUGUAGCCCUUUAAUGUGUGGGGGGCUGAAGGCCGAUCUUUUCGUUAGGUACAAACAAAUGGAAAGAAAGCUCAAGCUUCUGGAGAUAAGGGAAGCUUAUGUACGCAAGGAGAUUGAAACUCUGAAGAGAGAGGAGAGGCAUGGCAGAGAGGAGCUGGACAGGGUCAAGAGUGUUCCGUUGAUAAUGGGGCAGUUUCUGGAGCCGAUCGACAAUUCCACUGCGAUUGUAGGGUCGACAGCCGGGAGCAACUUUGUUGUAAGAAUACUGUCCACUGUUGAUAGGGAGCUUCUGAGGCCAAACACCACUGUUGCCUUGCAUCGACAUUCAAGCGCCAUUGUUGAUGUACUUCCUCCGGAGGUGGACAGCACGAUUCCUGUGAUGGGAGAGGAGGAAAAGCCAGAUGUGACAUAUGCAGAUGUGGGAGGGCUUGAUGUGCAGAAGCAGGAGAUAAGGGAGACUGUCGAACUUCCAUUGCUGCAGUCUGAUCUUUACAGGCAGAUAGGGAUUGACCCUCCCCAGGGAGUGCUACUCUACGGGCCACCUGGAACAGGGAAGACCAUGCUUGUGAAGGCUGUGGCAAACCACACAAAGGCGACAUUCAUAAAGGUUAAUGGAUCCGAGUUUGUGCAGAAGUAUCUUGGAGAGGGGCCCCGAAUGGUAAGAGAUGUGUUCAGGCUGGCAAGAGAGAAGGCGCCGUCGAUUGUGUUCAUUGACGAGGUGGACUCGAUUGCAACAAAGAGAUUUGAUGCAUCGACGUCAGCAGAUAGAGAAGUCCAGCGAGUGCUUAUAGAGCUUCUGAACCAGAUGGAUGGGUUUGACCAGACGGCAAAUGUCAAAGUUAUCAUGGCGACGAACAGGGCAGAUACCAUUGAUCCUGCGCUGCUCAGGCCUGGGCGUCUGGACAGGAAGAUAGAGUUUCCGCUUCCAGACAGAAGGCAGAAGAGGCUUGUGUUCAAUGCAAUUACAUCGAAGAUGAGUCUCAAGGAUGAGGUGGACAUCGAGAGCCUUGUGUGCAGGCCUGAGAGGAUAAGCUGUGCAGACAUCAACUCGAUCUGCCAGGAGGCGGGGAUGCUUGCUGUUCGUGCGAGUAGAUACAUGGUGACGCAGAAAGACUUUGAGGAAGCAUAUUCAAAGGUUGUUGAGAGAAGUGACACACGGCCUGCAUUCUAUAAUUAA